AUGAGUACACUCCUCCAUCCGGCUCCAAGAAGUCCAUUUGGUCCGUCACUAGAUCCACAGUCUAGACGACGCAGCAUGGCGGUCAUAUCGCAAGAACCGGCGUCGCCGAAAUCUAGCGGGCCUCACGACGUUGACAUGCGCAUGACCUCGCCCCCUCCAUCUAACAUGGGGCCACCUCUGCAACCAUCGCCUGAGAACGACUUGCAGAAGUCCGCAAUGAACGGACACCGAGACCAAACCCAUACUCCCACUCCGAAUCCCAACGCGGCAGCAGUAGGUGCGUCGCACGGGCCAAAGGUUGUGCAAACUGCCUUCAUUCAUAAGCUCUACAGCAUGCUGGAAGACAGAAACAUCCAACAUCUGAUAUCCUGGUCCAACAAUAACGAUAGCUUCGUUAUGUCCCCGUCAAACGAAUUUUCAAAAGUACUUGCAUCCUAUUUCAAACACACCAAUAUCUCCUCCUUUGUCAGGCAGCUCAAUAUGUAUGGGUUUCAUAAAGUCAGCGAUGUUUUCCACACCGGAUCCCCCGAGUCUGCUCUUUGGGAAUUCAAACACGGCAAUGGAAACUUCAAGAAGGGCGAUCUCAUGGGCUUGCGAGAGAUCAAGAGACGCGCUUCAAGGCAUACGCUAAUCCAUCGAGACUCGUUCUCGAAUUCAAAGCCCGGAGCCUCACAGCCUGGCACGCCUGCAGAAGUCGUGCCUGAUACUGACCAAAGGCUGGCACAUUUGGAGUACAUGUUCAACGACAUGCACAAUCGACUGUCUCGUACCGAGGAGAGUCAUGCGCUCGUCAGCUCGCGGUGCCAGGCCCUGACCGAGAGCUUGACCCGGUGUCAUUCAUGGAUGCAAACUUUCUCCGGCGCACUCCAAUCAGUCAGCUCCGCUGACCCUGCGAUGCACAAUGAUCUGAUCAAUAUGCAGAAGGAAAUCUCCAGGCAACUGGAGUACGUCCGAGCGCUUGAGCAACCUCCCGAGUCGCUGUUGAACGGCCGCCAGUCGUUCUAUCCUGGUGCGCCACUGGAACCUCCUGUAUCGCCCAGAGCAUAUAACUAUCCAGAUAGCCGGCGGUCCUCAAUACAGGUGGAGCCACAGCACGUUGGUAUCGGCUCGCGACCACCGGUCCCCCCGAUACCAGCCCAUUUUGCCACGUCUCCACGACGAUUUGGAUCUGCCAGCGGUCCCACGCAAGCUUCCCCAGGUUUCAGUCGCCCGCCUCUACCACCUCAGCAGCCACAUCCCUUAUCAUCAGUUGCUACACCUCCCCCGCCCCCCAAUUUGGCCCGUCGGCAUACGUCGGCGGAUAUUCGAGAGCACGGCUGGCCACUCCCGCCCAACCACGAAACAGUCGCCCCGCCCAGUCAGCCACCGCAAUGGCAGCCACCUUCACCUCCGCAACACUCUGCUCCCGGCGACCAACAGAUCCGUGAUCAGCUUGCAAACUACCAGAUCAAUGGUCCUCGCCGGCAAACAGUAAGCAUCCAGAACACUUCGCCCACUGUCCCGGAAGGAGGACCCCCAGCCGGACUGGGUGUGGAAAACGUUGGCUGGAAUGCUGGAGCAUCGAAAUUCCCUCGGCCAAACUUUGAACUUCACUCAGCACCGGCGACGCGGAGAAGCAGUAUGGCCAGCAAUGUACAUUCACUGCUCAACCCGGCAGAUACAGUGGAGCGGGAUGAGGAAGAUCCUUUGCAUGAGGAUCGAAAGCGGAAAAGAAUGCAAUGA